UCGGGGAUGAAGAAUGAUUGAUAUGAAAUCAAACAAUGGGAUAAAUCCACCAUUGGAGACGUGCAUCUUCAUCCUCUGAGAUGUGGAGAUUCUACUUCUGCUUACCGUUCCUACUCUUUGAUAUUAGCGCGGCGACUUCUGCCGAAUCGAUUUUCCUCCCAAGUCAAAUCCGAGUUGACUCUUCCCGCGUCUUUGAUACACGGAGUAGUCAUGUAUGCUCCUCCCCGGAUCCGAACCUCAACUACAAGCCGGUCAUUGGGAUUCUGACCCACCCUGGCGAAGGUCGAUGGGACGCUGGUCGUCACUCUCUGAGCUACGCCUACUCGACGAACAUAUCGUACAUCGCAGCUUCGUAUGUGAAGUUAGCUGAGACUGGUGGAGCUCGUGUGAUUCCUCUUAUCUACAACGAGCCUGAAGAACUCUUGUUUCAAAAGCUAGAACUGGUGAAUGGUGUGAUAUUCACUGGUGGUUGGGCUAAAACAGGAUUAUAUUACGAUAUAGUGGAGAAAAUCUUCAAUAAAGUUUUGGAGAAGAACGAUGCUGGAGAACAUUUUCCGGUGUAUGCCAUGUGUCUUGGAUUCGAGAUUUUGUCAAUGAUCAUAAGUCAGAACAGAGACAUUCUUGAAAGGUUUGACUCAGUAAACUAUGCAUCAAGUCUCCAGUUUUUUGAAAAUGUUAAUAUCGAAGCUACCGUGUUCCAAAGAUUUCCUCCAGAGCUGUUGAAAAAGCUUAGUACAGACUGUUUGGUUAUGCAGAACCACUAUUUUGGUAUCUCACCAGACAACUUCCAAGGCAAUCCUUCUCUGUCUAGUUUCUUCAAUAUCCUCACAACCAGCGCUGAUAAAGACAGCAAGACUUUUGUUUCAACUAUUCGAUCAAAAGGAUACCCUGUGACCGCCUUCCAGUGGCAUCCAGAGAAAAAUGCAUUCGAAUGGGGAUCAUCCGAAAUCCCACACUCUGAGGACGCAAUUCAGGUGACUCAGUAUGCUGCAAAUUAUCUAGUCAGUGAAGCUAGAAAGUCAAUGAACAGACCAUCUUCUGAGAAAGUGCUGAGCAAUCUCAUCUACAAUUACAAGCCUACAUACUCCGGAUACAAAGGGAGCGGUGACGACGAGGUUUACAUUUUCAUGUAAUAAAGAUCCAUUUAUACUAAGAACAUGUAUAUUGUUUCUCCUUAUUCACCAUUGAUUGUAAUUUGUAACCAAGGUGGUGAACAAAACAACUGUUAAAUUUGGGCUAAUUCUGGGCUUCCAACUAAAAACCAAUUGGCAAUUA